AGUAAAAGCCAUAGCCAGGUGGAAAGUUUUCGCCGACUUUCCCCAAUUACCCCUCAUCCCCUUCCUUCGAACCUGCAGAAAAAAGGAAAAAUCCACUCAAAUUCCCCAAAUCUCGAUCGGAUUUUCAUCCCUGUUACUCCAUUUCCCGAGAUUCGUUUAUUUUCUUCCUCUAAACUCCACCGGUCCAGACCGCCGAUGGACGGAAUCGGCCGGACGGCGCCAUUGCAGCCUUCGGGAAACCCGGUAUCUCCGUUUAGUUUCAGUAACGAGUCGGCUCGCUCCGGGUCUUCCCUCGCCGCCAGCGGCAACCCAGAAGAAAUCUUGCACCUGAGUGUCAAUGGAGGACCGGAUGAGUGUGGCAGGUGGACGGAUGAGAAACAUGAUAUAUUUCUAAGUCUGUUAGAAGCAUCAUUUGUUAAACAGAUGCACAAGCCAAUGACCGCCGAGCCCAGGUUCCAAGAUCAUGCUAAAGCAAAGACAAAUAUGUCCCAGAAACUGUGUACGAACAAGUCUAGAGCUUACAACCAGAUUUCUGUUGCACAAGAUCCCAGUUGGCACGAGAUCAAUAUAGAAAGGGAAUUGGCAAAUCAUGGUACUGCAUCCAUUUCUCAUGGUUCCUGCAAAGACAAACAGAUUUCUCUUUUCAGCCAUUCUGAUAUUCAAGUGCUGGGGUCUGAAGAAGGUUCAGGGCAAAACUUUGUUGAUGAAGGUAAUGAAGAAAAGAUUAACAUAGACAUGUAUGCCCUUGAUCAUCAAGUAAAGAUGAAAAUACUAAGUCCCUGAAAAUCCUUAUUUCUCAUCAUUCCAUCCCAUACUUAUCUUCUAGCUAGAUGGUCCCAUCUGAAAAUCCAGUAGCUCCUGCUUCUUCUCUUUAGCAGUAUGAGAGCUUUGUUGGGCCCUCCAUGUAUAACUGAGAUGUGAAAUAGUUUAUGAAAUCUCGAUUUUAAGUUUCAUCUUA